CUAAGGUUCAAGAAGUUGCGCCUUCUUCAGAUCUUAGAUGGUAUUAACAUUUUCAUUCUCACCUGCAUCGGUUGUGGAGCCUGACUGCUUACGAAAUGUAGUUAAGUUGGCAAGAGAAAACAAUUUACUUCUUUCGGAAGAAACUUGCUGGUGCUUGCUGGACUCAUGUCUGUCGAAAAUUCCGUUGAAGAAAACUUACCAACUUCUAGAUGAAUUAUACAGUACUGAAGAGUUAAGGUUUCCAGAAGGUAGCGAGUUUGCAGUUGAGUCCAUACGUGCCAGAUCUGUUAACAAAGGUGUUGUUUUCUAUUAUGUAAAAUGGGUUGGGUGGCCACCUGUGUUCAAUACAUGGGAACCAGAAUCUAAUCUUCAUGGAUGUGAGGAUUUAAUACAAAAAUUUAUUGAAUCUUAUGGUUCGACGAUUGGGAUGCUUCCGCCUGAUAAUCAACCUGAUAGAAAAUCACAGGUUCAGGAAGUAAUGGAUCGAUUGAAGGAAGCUGUCAAUACAUCUGGGUCGCUACCAUUGUAUCUACUUGAACGAUUUUCUAGUCUCCAACCUGAUCCUACUAAUAGCCUUCGACCAUACAAGCACUUACCCACCAUAAACAUCGAAAAGCUUUUUUCAUCACAAAUAUCACAAGGCAUUAUAGAAUCUAUUUCACUCAAGCGACCUCCCAGUGUCGCUGAUCUCUUGCCAGUUUCUACCAAACGUAUUCGUCUUAGUCGGAAAGAUAAACAAGUGUUGGAUUCUGCUCUAAGUGCUUUUCAGCAAAAACUCAACACUGUCUACUCAAAUGAAGCACCAAUCACUGUCGAAAAUUCUGUAGAUUCUGAAUGCCCACCAGUUGAAUUUCAGCCGAUUCCAGAUUAUUUACCUGGACAAGAUGUAUUCUUACCGACCAAAGCUCCUAUUGGAUGUGAAUGUACAAUGGACAAUUUGGACCAGUUAGAGCUAGCCAAAAUUCGUAAAGGAGAUGGAAACAGUUCACCAGUCAUAUAUCCUUGUUGGAUCAAUAAACGACGUAGUUGUUGUGCUGUUCGUGCUGGUGCAGUUCCACCCUAUGACAAACGGAAAAGGCUCGUUGCCCCUCCUGGUCAUCCUGUUUAUGAAUGUAACUCCUUAUGUCCAUGCGAUUCGUCUUGUCCAUUUCGUGUUGUUCAACUUGGACGGAAAGUUCCUUUGUGUGUCUUCCGUACACGUGACAGAGGAUGGGGCGUUAAAACAGUGGUCCCCAUUAGUAAAGGGACAUUUGUCGUUGAAUACUUAGGAGAGAUUCUUAAUUUUGAUGAAGCAGAAAAACGAGGAAUAAUAUACGAUAAACAGACUAUGACAUAUCUUUUCGAUUUGGAUUUCGAAGGUGAUGCUUAUUACACUGUAGAUGCUUCUCAGAUGGGUAAUAUAUCACAUUUUAUUAAUCAUUCGUGUGAUCCCAAUCUCACAGUUCGUUGUGUUUUUAUUGAGUGUCUCAAUACGAAGUUACCCCGUAUUGCGCUUUACGCGUCUAGAUUUAUAAGGAAAGGUGAAGAACUUACAUUCGACUACAAUAUGACUGGUGCUGUGGCUGCGGAAACUAGUGUAGUUAUAGAUGGUUCAGGAGAGGCAGAAACUCCUACAGAAACCCAAUCAGGGUCAUCGAAUAAUGGUGGGAAGAGUCCGACCCCAUCUUCUUCCUCAGUUGACGUAACUCCUGACACAAGCAGUGAGGUAUCUUUCGAUAGCAAAUCUCUGGGAUCUAAAACAUAUUAUUUAUGUCAGUUUUUUGACAGGUUUGUGUCAAUAAUUCACAUAUACAAAUCUCUUUCAACAACGCACCAUUCAGCACAAUAUUAGCGUCAUUAUUACCAGUACUAUUGUUCAUACCAGUAUUAUUACUUUACGUUUCAAACACUACCUAUUGAAAGGGUGUUUUAAAACGAUCAGUAGUCUUUUUAUUAUGAAUGUUUUGGCUUAUGACCAGAAACCGGAUCAAAACGACUCUUCAGUACUCUGUAAAUCCCCGCUAAUUGCAUAUUUUUGGCUGUCUUUAGAAUGUUUUCGAAAAUUUCACUAUCAAUUAUAUGAAGAUAACGAUCUUUUAUUUCAAUAUAUCAAGUAGGUAAAUUGUUGUACAAAAUAUCUGACAUCGAAUUUGGAAAAUCUGGUUUUUGCACCUCAUAGUGAACACUUAAGUCUAACUCCGAAUUGUUGCCUGAUUUAUAUGAAAAGUAAACCUUUAUUGUCUUUGUUAAAAAAGACUCAGAGGCGCUUAUACUUUGUAUGUCAGAUAGAAAAGCACUGAACAACCGGGACAAAAAUAACAAACAGAAUGUGUCUGUUAGGUUAUUGGAACUAAAAAGCUAUCUUUUGGUCCAGUGGAAGCUCAUAUGCGACUGGUUCAUGGAGUACUUCAUGUCAGAGAUUUCCAUGUUUGAAUUUUGAAUAUAUCCGUCUCCAUGAUGUAAAAUAUGAAAUACCGCAGCCUUAUCUCUUCUCGGUCUGC